GCCAUUACGACCAGAGCGCCUGAUCCAACUCGGUCGGAAAAACAGUCUACUCGUUUCCGCAUUUUGGGGGGAAACUCGUGUGUUUGACAAUUGCGGAAUGCAAGUAGAUCUCGUCUGCAGUGAUACAUAUAUAAACAUAGAUUUUUGAAAAACAACCUGUCGUGACUCCAACUCUCCGUCUCCAUAUCAAUAUAGACUGUACUUCCUGUGCGUAAAGGUUUGGAUCGUUCGGGUCGUUCCGUCGACGCAUCUCCAGUCACGUUUGCAUCGACCAUUACGCGCCCGCCUUGACGUGUGGAACAUGAGCGAUCGGGGGAGAAAGGCUUUCAGAACAACCCUCCAGCUGGUGUGCCAGCUUCUGUGGGUGCUGGGGCUGGUGGUGGGCUUGAGUGGAGUAUAUCUGCUGAUGAAAUACAAACAGUGCAGCUUAUAUUUUUCUAGCUCCUACAUCACCAUGCCAGCGAUCCUCGCCCUCACCAGUGCUGCUUUCCUAUUGGCCAGCGGGUUCCUCGGCUCGUGGCUGAGCAUCAGGGAUUCCACUUGUCUGCAGGGACUGUUUGUUUAUCUACUAGUUGUGGUCUUUUGUCUGGAGGCUACAGCUUCGGCGUUGGCUUUUUUCCACUCUGUAAAGCUGGAUUCCGAGUUGUCUUCCCUCAGUGGAGUGUUUCAGAAUUACGCAGGCGACAGCCAUGACCCCAUCUCUCAAGCUGUGGAUGCAACACAAGAGGAGUUGCAGUGUUGUGGUGUCCAUGACUACAGGGACUGGCUUGAAACCCCCUGGUUCAACGGCACCGGAGGACUUUUUGUUCCUCACAGCUGCUGCAACUCAACGUUCCCCUCCUGCAAUGGCACCGUGGAGCGGCCGUGGCAGCUUUACUCACAGGGCUGCCAGGCGAAGCUGGAGGCCGCUGUACAGUUUGUGCUGAGUUUUAUCAUCUGGGGCUGCCCGGUGGUUUUACUGGUGGAGGUUUUUGUUUUAAUAACAGUGGCACAGCUGAUGAGGAACCAACCACUGGAAUAUCACAUACUGGACAAAAACUGAACAGCACUGUACUAUGCACUGAUUUUGUAAUUUCUGUCUAUUGUGACUGUUUUUUAGAAUCAUUGUUCCUUAGCUGCAGAUGCUAUUGUGACCUCUCACCUACACCGCUACUGCUAAUUACCUCUGUCAAGGAGGUGAUGUGAUUGGUUCAGUUUGACUGUCUGUCUGCUUGCGUGUUCUCAAAAAUAGAUGGACGGAUUUUUGCGUGAAAAUGUUUUCGUCCAUGGUAACAGGUGACUACAUUUUGAGUAGGAUCUGAAUCCGGAGCGUUGCAUUUUUUUGAAGGAUUCUUCACCGUUGCAAGAUAGGUUGGAAUUUGGUGGCAUAUCUUUACAAAUACAUCACAUUAAAAACAAAUAUGUAGGUAAGAAGGAGAUGCCAAUGCAAGCCUUGGCCAAGGUCUGUGCUCUCUGAGUCCUCUUGUUAAUGCAGGUUUACUCAAGAAAACAAAGCACUUCCACAAUGAUCACUUUAAACCAAUGAUCAUUUCAAAAUAUUUGUUUUCCUUCACAUAUUUUCCCUUCUGUCCUAAUUAAAACAAAAUACGUGGAGAAGUACUGAAAUUGUAAACUCUCCCUUUUACCACAAACUGAGCUAGCACAUUUGAUGAAAGUGAAAGCAACAGAAAUGGUCUAUAUAUAGCAUUUUUUCAUGUUGAUUUCCUCUUAAAGACCAAAGCCACAGUCGCUCGCUUGUUCCCCCGACACAGCAACACAGAGGCGCGUUACGGAUAAGUGUCUUGCCCAUAGCACACUUCAGCACGUAAGACUACUAACCAUCGACCUUCUGCUCAGUGGACGGCCCGCUCUACUUCCUGGGCCACAGCCAGUAAACCAGGGGCUUUUUUGGGCACUGUGGGACUUGCAGUUUCCCAAGUAACCUAGAGGAUGAUCCAGAUUAAUUGCAAUCCAAUUCAUCAUCCAAAGAAUCCCUCACGAAGGCUGUGAAGUUCAGGUUUUGAAAAAUGUUAUGGUAAUUUGUGUGUGUGUGUGUGUGGGGGGGGGGGAGGGGGGGGGGG